GAUCGUUAUCCGAAGUGCAGAGGAGGAAGGAGGCCAUUUUCUUUUCUGUGUGUGGUCAAAGCCGAGGCAGAGAAGGACCCCGGUGUUCCCAGUAAAGAUGGUAAAGAUCUUUGUUGGGAACCUCCCACGGGAGACGGAAACGGAUGAGAUUCAGGCACUUUUCUCUCAAUAUGGAGCAGUAACUGAGUGUUCCAUCAUCAAAAACUACGCUUUUGUGCACAUGGAGGACCGCAAAUGUGCUACAAAAGCCAUCCGUAACCUGCAUCUGUAUAAACUCCAUGGCACGCCAAUAAACGUGGAGGCAAGUCAUGGCAAAAAUCCAGGCCCAGUUAAGCUGCACGUAGCCAAUGUGGAGAAGGGUUGUGAUGAUGACCUGCGUGCUCUAUUUGAGGAGUAUGGCACUGUCAAUGAAUGUUCUGUCAUCAAGAACUUUGCCUUUGUGCAUAUGGCAAACUAUGAAGAGGCGAUGGAUGCCAUUAAGGGCUUAGAUAAUGCUGAUUUCCAGGGCAAACGGAUUCAUGUGCAAAUCUCAAAGAGCCGACCGAGGGGUGAUGAGGAGGAAGAGUUUCAGCAGCACCCCCCUGAAAAUGCAGGGUACUGGGGUCCUGGCUUUCCCGGGGACAGGCCUGAGCCUGGACCGCCAGGUUACUUCAGAGGCCGGUUUGGUCACCAUAUGUUCCGUGGGCCCGCCCCAGCCCCACCUCCCCCUCCACUUCAUAGGCGACCUCCCUUCUCCGAACGUUCUGCCUCGUUCGAGCGUGACAGGAAUAGCUAUGGAGUGGUGGAUUACUAUGAAAAAUACCGUGCUCGUCCAUACGGCAUAACCUCUUUUGAGGAGCGAAGGGUGGCCUCCAUACCACCACCUCCACCUCCCCCCCCUCCACCUCCUCCUCCACCUCCCGCUACUGGCGUCAUUCGAGAGCGCCUUCCAACACCUGCCCCCAAUCCUUACGAACGUCGACCUCUGCCCCCCCCUUCCUCUACAUACUUCAACCGGGAUCGCAGUCCCAUCCGCAGAGCGCCUCCCAAUCCCACCACUCCUGCAGGGAACGGCUGCUCGUACGAGCGCUCCCGGCUCUCCCCUCUAUCCAUGUCCAGGAACCCGAUGUAUGGGAUGCCUCGUGCCAGGGAACCCUACGCUGAGCGAGUGCCGCCACCACCACCUGCACGCUACACAUACUAACCACACACCACUGCAUAAUCCCAAGGUGAGAAUAGGCUGAAGCUGCGUCACCUGAAGGUGGACACCUGUUCCGCCACCUAGGGGAUGAGGUAUAUCGUUGUGGAAGGUCUUGCUUCCACUGUACCAAGAUCUCGUGCAACUUAUGCGAGGGUAGUGUAGCGUGCCAGGGCCCUGUUUGGUUAUAAAAACUAAACGUCCAGAAGGAGUAAGUGCGUAUUUGCAUAAUGCAUGGUUUUUGAAAAACCUUUCGCUAAUUAGCUGUUACCUCAGUGGUAGUUUAUAAACAACUAAAUUUCACUGAAACGGUACUUAUGAUCAGUCUAACGGUUUAUAUUAAAUGAAAGAUAUUACAUCUCCCUACUUUCCCGUCAGUUUAUUUGAGGACUUACAAUUGAUUUAUAGUCGUCAGUCUCAAAAUUCUUGUUCCUAAACGAACUUGUGCAUCCGUUUUAUGCGGUGAAAAGGCGGUUGAUUUGUGUGGUUUGCUCUCUUUUCAGGUUUAAAUUAUCGGUGACAAGAUCGUCGUCUCCUGAUGCACGUGGCGCGAUGCCCCUUCGUCUGGCAGAUCGCGUUUCGUUUACCUGUGGCUCUUAAUGGAGGAAUUCUAGCACUGACUCCUCAUCCCUUAAAACGCUUUUACUCGUCUCGUUUACGUCUUCACUUGCUGAAAAUGUAACUGACUUUUGUUCUACUUGUUUUUAUUGUCAGACAGUCCUCAAUUUGAAUUCCUGAAAACUGUAAUGUAAAUUAAAGCCUACACAAAUUUUGGCCUGCAGUUUAUUUUAUGGCUUUAAAUAAGGCGUUUCAAACAAUUAAAAUCUUUGAAAUGUAUAACUUACAUUUUAUUUAAAAUUUCCAAGAACACAAUCCAGUUGACUACUUUAGAGCUUUAGGUGAAAUGGGAGAAGCUGUUAUCCACUAGGAGACAAAGGUUGAGAUGCGGUCGAGACUGUAUAAACAGUUUAAAAUAAGUCGUAAGACUUUCUUGUGGAAAAAUCACACGUUUGAUUUGUUAAAAUAUUCAACAAAUGUAAAAUGCUGUUAAAGAAACUUUACAUACUUGCGUUUUGCGUUUUUCCCCAUUUUUUUUGUUAGUAUAGCAAUAAAACUUGAUUCGAAUGGUGGUGUCAUUUGUUGAUUUUGUCACUGUUAGUUUUGACGUUCAUGAAGUGUAGGACCCCAGAAUAAGGAAAUGUACGUUUUUUUUUAUUUAAAGGAAACAUUUUAAAGCGUUUUAAUAAAAUGUUUUGAACUCAAUUCUUUGAACUUCAUUUAACUUUUUCCGUUCUACAACGUAAUAGUGUAUAAGGAGUUUUUCAUUCUGUGUCAUUCCUGAAUGUGUGGAAAUGGUGGCGGUCACCGAAAUGAUUAGGCGAGUUGGCGUUUACUUGGUUUUUCCCAGACAUGUUUAAACAAAUUUUAGGGCUCCGUCUUCCUAAUUAAGGUAUGUAGAAAACACUAGCUUUUUUGCGACGCAAUUUCAGUAGUUUUCAAUGGCCAAGUUCUUCCUGUCAUUGCUGGCUUUUUUUUUUUUUUUCCCCCCCUCCCCCCUUUUCUUUCUUUCAAUAACUUGGAGAUUUAUCCUACCAAAUCUCACAGAAGCACUUUGGACCUGCAGGCUACUGCAGACAGGUAAGUUUUUUUUUGUGCAGAGAUUCUGAGCUUAAAUGCAACCACUUUAUUUAUAAAAAAAAAAAAAGAUUGAAAUGAUUUUGGAAUGGUACUGCAGUUCAACAUCUGACUAUUACAUUAAACUUAAUCCCUGUGUCAUUUGAGUAUAGGGAAACUGUAGUAUUGUAAAAUGUUUUCUUGUCCACUUAUUUUUUUCAGUCAUGCAUGUACUUUUGGAGAAAGUCAGUUGCCAGAUUAAACCUGUGGGUUUUUUUUUUUAUUUCAUCUUCACUUUAAAAACUGCAGAUAACUAUAUCUGUUUAGUUCAGUAAUGGUCUUGAAAAACUUUUUUUCCUUUGGUGAUAAUGGUGAAAGUUGUCCAGUUUUUUUCCCCACCAUUACUUUGCUAAAUAGUAUGCAGAGAGCAUGCUUUGAACUGCAGUCAGAGUGAGUGUGUGUGUGUGUGUGUGUGUGUGUGUAAAAUACAGGUACAUAUUGUUACAGGUGUUUAUAUAGUUGCACUAAUUUACAAUAAAAGGCAUUUCUAUCCAAUACUUUUAAUUGCAAUACUAGUACUUUCAUAUCCAAAGGAACUUGAACUGUGUACUUUGAAGAUGAUAAAUAAAAUACUUUCUGCAAAGUAGUUCUGCUCUGCAAUAACUCGCGUGUUUGAUUUCAUUCUCACUAUUUCACAAACUGGUUUAAACAAAAUGACAAAAGUUUCAUUCUCACAGUUGAAGGAGAUCAAAUUGUGGAAUUAUCUGCCAGACAUGAAUCUGGAUGUUUUCAAUGCAGGAACCAAUAAAGUUUACUGGAGCUCUGUUUUAAAGAUGGGACUCGUGGGGUGUUGACUGCUUCCAGCUGGGAUUACCCAGUGUUUCUAACUUUCAAUACUGGGGAAGUAUGUCCUGCAUGGAUGGAUGGAUCCCCUCACCUAAAAUUUCAUAUGGGCAAAUAACUAAAACAAGCAUGAUUUUGUCUACACAAGUGUCAUGGUUAUCUCCUUUCACUUCUCACCCUUAGGACUAGAGUUAAAUUGAGGCUGGUGGGUUUGCAGGAAAAUGAGCACAACCCCUUCAAAGGGAAACAGGAUUGUGAGUUUGCGCUAGAGCCCAGAUUUAGUUCAUUUCAAAGUAUGGUGAAGGAAUUUAACAGCAUUUCACGUGCAAAGAACCAUCAUGAAUGAGGCACUGCUCGAAUGCUGCUUAAUUGUAUAACUAAAUAUGUUUUGAUUAGAAAAGCAGCAAUGUGUUCCACUACUGUAGUGUCUUUAAAGCAGUAACGUUUAAAGAACUCCACAGAUUGUGCAUCAUGGAGUAAAGAAAAGGUCCAGAUCAAGGAAGUUCUAACUCAAAGUAGGGAAGCCUAUAAUAAAAGUUGCACCAUUCUCUUCAAUGAAAAGCAUAAUUAUAAUCUUUUUGUUCCUGCCCAGAUUAUUUUAUAUGUUUAUCAGUUGAAAUUUGUCUCUUUACGAUUUUGUCAUUUGAUUAGUCUGUUCUUAUUUCCUCUUAAGAUCAGGAGAAAGAACCCAGAGUUGCGUGGGAAUCGUAUAUAUGUUUCGUUGAUGUGAGUUUGGUAUAAACAAACCCUUUGGAAGGGACUUGUAUGCUAUUUGAAUGCAAAAACUAAAUUGCGCAUGCGUCAACCAAAAUUUACGUACAUAACGUGGAACCCACUUAGAGACUCAUCUUCAGUUGGCUGCUGAACGGUACCUCCAUAACUGCGAGCUAUUUAAUCAACGCAGCAACAGCUUAUUGGACAACUGCCCUCCUGUGCGCUUAUAGUGUUUGCUGUGUACGCAGAUAAUUGACGUAUUAUUAAGGUCAACCUUGGUGCAAAAUAAACAAUGAAUCUUAAAAUGAAUAUAAUUGUCAAUUAUGUAAACAAAUGCGGCUUAAGUCCGUACUAUUUGCGAAGAACGUGUUGGGGCUUCAACAAAAGGUGGGGACAGCUUUCUGUGCACAGUGGCGCAGCGACUAGCGCUGGGACGUGGGUUCGAUCCCUGCCUCAGUCUCUGUGGAGUUCACAUUUUCUCCCUCUGUUGGUGUUGCUUUCCUCCGGGUGCUCUUGCUUCCAGUCAUAGUCCAAAGACGUGCGUUUCACGCGAAUUAGUCAUUCUAAAAUGCCCAUAG